AAGCAUGAAAACAAACUCACAAACUGAAGCCACCAACACUCCACAAGUUGAAAAACGGAAUCAACUUAUUUCACUAAGCUAUAGCUGAAAAACGCUUCUCAAAAUGGAAAGCUUCUCAAACCAAUAGUCCACGUGUUAUGUGAUUUUGUCCUAAACUCAUUCUCCACCCUCCCAAAAUUCAGGAAUCCCUUUUGUUACUGCUUUCACAAUGACAAACAAGUUUCUCUAGGAAUCCAGAAAUGUUGAUAUGUGCUGCUUGAUCAUCGAGAAAUUUCAAACCACAUACUGGAAUUGCCAUGCUGUUCCUCAAUCAACACCUUUCCUGUUCUGCCAAUCAUGUUGCUGCAUUCAGGCUGUUGAUCAUUCGAUUGACUAUUUCGAAAUUUUCGGGACGGAGAAGAAGUAUGAUGUAGAGGGUAUUGAUUUGGAGCGGAAGUACAAGGAGUGGCAAAAGAAACUGCAUCCUGAUUUAGUGCAUUCUAAAUCUCAGAAAGAAAAAGAUUUUGCUGCUGAACAAUCAGCAAGAGUGAUUGAUGCAUACCGUACACUUAGCAAGCCUUUGUCAAGAGGGAUUUACAUGCUGAAGCUCAAAGGAGUGGAAAUUGAUGAGGAGCAGACAAUUUCAGAUCCAGAAUUACUAGCAGAGAUUAUGGGAAUCAGGGAAGAAGUUGAAGAAGCAACUAACUCCGAGGCUCUGAAUCACAUUCGCUCCCAGAUGCAGGGGAAACUGCAAAAUUGGUCUAAUGCCUUUGCUGAUGCUUUUAAAAGACGGGACUUUGAAGAAGCAAAGAAUGUAAUUAGGAGAAUGACUUAUUGUAGUCGUGUAAUUGAGGAAGUUAUGAAGAAGCUUUGAUGUUUUUUUUAAAAGAACAGAACAAUAACACCAUUUGAUUAAUAAUCAAAUAAGUAAUACAAGAAGAUGAUUCAUGGUUGAUAGAAAUUGUAACAUCUAAGUAUGUAAUUAGUGUUAUUAUA